CGCGAUAACAGUAUCGAUAACACUCGGAUAUCAAUGUGUAGAGUAUAUUUACUGAAUUCUUCAAAGUUACGACUAUUCAUAAUCUCCACGAUAAAAAAAAUCUGUUUUUUGUAAUUAAACCGAUAUACACUUAGUAUAUUUAUAUAAUAAGUGUAAGUGUAUCGUAAGUAUGUGUGUUUUUAUAUUAUAUUAUUUAUAUAUAUGUAUUUCAAGUUUGACAAAAAGGGAAAUCGAACGUUUUAUUAGCCCGGUGCGGAAAUAGAAAACAAUUUUAAGAUUUUUACAACGCGCCAUGGAUUUUCCUUGGGUUAUCACUCGAACGAGAAGAAAGGUUCGAAUAAGAAUUUCUUUCUUUUCCCGUCGUCGUUCACCGCGACAUCGAUAUUGCCAGCAUCGAGCAGCGGUGACGGUUGCGCGAAUCUGCCGCAAGAUGACGGCGAAGCGUGAUCGUGCACCUGUGGUGACGGCACGUGUUACAGCUGAGUGGCGGUUCGGUUAUCGGGAAAGUGAGUAUGAUAUCGCAGUGGCCGAGUGUUUUUCCCAUUUCUUCCCGUGCGCCGGCGGUACCACCGACACGCACGGAAUCCCGAGGGACGCGCGGAGCGCGCGUCCGUACUCGAGCGUACCGGCGAGUUCGCGUCGUGAUGCGAGGCUAUUUACGCCGACACAUAGAAGUGGUUGAUAGGAAUGCUCUACAGGGAUUUCCGGAAGCUGCAUUAGGGUAAGUGCGUUUCUAAAAAUUCAAUUGAUUUUUAUCUUAACAAAUUUCAAGCAUUCCACUUACGUUUUGUUUCAAAAUUGACAAUCGAAUUGAUCUUAUAAGAACCUUUUUAAUAUGUAACGCGAAUUUUUGAAAUUUGACAGCUCUCGCAU